GGGAGGAGUUGAGCCAAUUAUCUGUGAGUCCUACAGAAAGAAAAUCUGCAAUUUGCCAGUAGUUGUGAGAGAGAGAGGGAGAAGGGCAGGGAGGGAAGGAAAAAAGACUUAACUGGCAAAUGUAAAGCCCCUUUUAUACUAGAGAGAGAAUAUUUUAAAGCAAAUCUCAGACCAGAAGAAAAGAAGCCCGUGGGAAGGGAUGAGCCAGGCAAGAUCUGGAGAAGCAUAGGGUCACCAAAGCCAACUUCCAUGCCGACCCUGAUCUUUCUGCAGAGGAUCUGAGGCAGCACAGAGGCAGGGUGGGCCAGCUGGAUGCACCCCCUACCCUGCACGAGUAGGUGCUGCUCCUGAAAUUCUUUCCCCACAGUAGAGCCUACAAAGUACAACUUGCAAGAAAGGGCAGUGAGAGAGGGAGAGACUCUGCCUCUCCUUUUCUUGAACUGAGCCUGUGAGGAAAAGAGCUCAUCUGCCCAAAGGGAAAAACUGCCACCAUUCUGAGACUCUUCUUGAGCCUAAGUCGGUUGCCUGAUCCAGUACUUACAUCCAUGGGGGAACGCCCUCUGGAGCCCUGCGGUCCUUCCCAAUCCUGCUAAGUUCUUGGGAAAUACUGAAGAAGAACUGAGCCCAGAACAAGCAGCGUGGGAUCCACAGAACAACAGCCUUUUACAACAGCAGCCACCUCUGAUUAAAAUUAUCAGCUUCAUCAGACUGCACCAAGACCUAGGACUGCUCCUCCUGGGAAAGAGAGGACCAAGCAAUGAUGAAGACACUGUCUGGAGGAAACUGCAACCUGAACGUGCCAGCCAAGAACUCGUACCGCAUGGUGGUGCUGGGAGCCUCCAGGGUGGGGAAAAGCUCCAUCGUCUCUCGCUUCCUCAACGGCCGCUUCGAGGAUCAGUACACUCCCACCAUUGAGGACUUCCAUCGCAAGGUCUACAACAUACGGGGAGACAUGUAUCAGCUGGACAUCCUGGACACCUCUGGGAAUCACCCUUUCCCUGCCAUGAGGAGGCUUUCCAUCCUAACAGGGGAUGUUUUCAUCCUGGUGUUCAGCCUGGACAAUAGAGAAUCCUUUGAUGAGGUCAAGCGACUCCAGAAACAGAUCCUUGAGGUGAAAUCCUGCCUGAAGAACAAGACCAAGGAAUCAGCUGACCUCCCCAUGGUCAUCUGUGGCAACAAAAAUGACCACAGUGAAAUCUUCCGCAAGGUACGCACUGACGAAGGUGAGAAUCUUGUCUCCAGUGAUGAAAACUGUGCUUACUUCGAAGUGUCGGCCAAGAAGAACACCAAUGUGGAUGAGAUGUUUUAUGUCCUCUUCAGCAUGGCCAAGCUACCUCAUGAGAUGAGCCCUUCCCUCCACAGGAAAAUCUCCAUCCAGUAUGGUGACACUUUCCAGCAGAAAUCCUUCCGGAUGCGCCGAGUCAAGGACAUGGAUGCCUAUGGCAUGAUCUCUCCCUUCGCUCGCCGGCCAAGUGUCAACAGCGACCUGAAGUACAUCAAAUCAAAAGUUCUCAGGGAAGGGCAGUCCAGGGAGAGAGAGAAAUGCACAGUCCAGUGAAGGAGGCUUGCGCUUCUGUCUGAAGACAACAUCCAUGUGCAGUGCCUUAAAGAAAAAUGGUCUGUGGAAGCAAAGAACAGGCUCAUGGGGUUUAUUGAGAAAACCCAACAUGGAGAAAGGAUAACUUGCUGUGGAUUCUGCUGAGUCACAUAUGUAGAUAACAUCAACCUUGAAGAGGACUGGGAAUAAUCAUAUAGCUGAGAUACAAGUGCAUUUUUUUGUCUUUGUAAUGUAGCUCCUCUUCAUUCCCUUUUUUGUUUGAAAAAUAGAGUCCUAAGAAGUGAAGACAUUUCAACCUUAUCAUUACAAAGAAAAUAGAUCAAAAAUGCACAGCAUUAACAGUGACCCAGCAUGCAGCUCUUGCUAAGAGAGAGAAGGUUAUAUGUGUGUGUGUGUGUGUGUGUGUGUAUCUCUGUGUGCCCAAGUGCACGUGUGCAUGCAUGUGUGGAGCUCUCCUUUUAAAAAGUGGGACUUGCAUUUCAAAGAGCAGCAGUCUUAACAAGCAUUCCCAGAUUGGGAGUGGACUCUAUAUACGGAUGCAUGACUUUCACUUACUUCUGAGGGCACCUGCGUUAAGAAUUUGGUUUUAUGUUUGAUGAAACAGUUACCAUUUGACAUUGAUAUGAUUGUUGGUUUGUAUUAUAGUUUUUUUUGAGAUUUGUUGGGUUUUUUUUAUUGUCUGGGGGUGGGUUUUUAGCAAAAUCAGAUGGCAAGCGCAUUUGAUAUUAAACAGUGUCUGCUUUCUACCAGUGAAAGGUGGUUUUCAUCUGUAACACUUUCUAAUACAUACAUUGACUGAAAGUGAAAUUAUUCUGCAAAAAGCCAAUGCAUUUGGCUGCUUUGCAAGCCUGGUGUGAUGUUGUUUCUCAAAGCAGCCACACCAAUUCUGAGUUUCAUAAUACAAAUGCCACUCUUUGCCUUUCUGGCCACUGAACUAAUAAUUCCUUUCUCUGCCUGUAUCAGUUGAGGGUGACCAGGCUUAUAUGUAGAAUCAGACCAUUUCUGAGGCAGGAUUGGAUUCUUUUUCAAAAAUAAGAA